ACGACGCUGUUAAUAAUUAAUUUCCCUCUCCAAUCCUCACCCCCUUGCGGUGUAUAUAUAACACAAACUACAUCUCUGCAUUUGCUCUCCAAUAUUAUUCCGUUCAUACAAAAGAAAAACAAGGAAAAGAUGGGAAAUUGCAUGAGGCAUGAUUCGUCCAUGAAAUGGGCAGGAGAUGAUUGGGGUUGUCUAGCAGAUGGAAUGAAGGGUGACGAUUAUCGCGAUCAAACGGACGUAAAGAUCAUGAAGAAGAACAACAAGAAGAUUGCAGAAGCAAGCCAGAUGGAUUCAUUUUGUUCUACAACAACAGCAACAACAAGUAGUAGUAGUAAAGUUGGUGCAGCAACAGAGGUGAAGAUCAAGAUCACAAAGAAGCAGUUGGAGGAGUUGUUGGGUAAGGUGGAGUAUAAGCAAAUGUCAGCUCAGCAGGUUUUGGCUCAGCUGAUUAGGGUUAGCGAUGGCUUUGAGACCCAGUUGCAAAGGUCUUGGAGGCCUGCUCUUCAAAGCAUUCCUGAGGUCAAUUAAUUUUUCCUUUUCUAUAUAUAUCGGGUUUUUGUUGUUAAUAUGGGGAAGAGUAAUUAGCUUUCUAAACAUAUUUUGUUCAAUAUUAAUGUACAUACUCUAGAGUUCAGAAAGAAAAGAAAAGCCCCAAAUUUUGUUUUGCCUCUCUCUA